AUGGGAGGGAGGGAGGUGAGCGGGAAGCAUACACCUACCCCACUGCGAACCUCCGUGCCCCUCCCCUCCUCCUGCCCUCCUUACCUAUACCCACCAAUACACCCACCCACCUAUCCCCCCUCCCCUCCCCCUUCACACCCGCCCACCAACCCACUCACCCACCCACCUCGUUUUGGGUUAUUUGAGGUGACUGAGUCUAGGGUUUUGUGUGCUGAGUCUUGUGUUUCUUGUGCUGAGUCGUGUUUCUUUUUGGCCGAGUCCUCUACUUUACGAGUUUCGUCUCGUUUAUGGGCGCAUCGUGUACGUGUUUCGCAUCGCUUAUGUGUUUCGCAUCGCUUACGUGUUUCGCAUCGUUUAUGUGUUUCGUAUCGUUUACGUGUUUCGUAUCGUUUACGUGUUUCGUAUCGUUUACGUGUUUCGUAUCGUUUACGUGUUUCGUAUCGUUUACGUGUUUCGUAUCGUUUACGUGUUUCGUAUCGUUUACGUGUUUCGUAUCGUUUACGUGUUUCGCAUCGUUUACGUGUUUCGCAUCGUUUAUGUGUUUCGCAUCGUUUAUGUGUUUCGCAUCGUUUACGUGUUUCGUAUCGUUUACGUGUUUCGCAUCGUUUACGUGUUUCGCAUCGUUUACGUGUUUCGCAUCGUUUACGUGUUUCGCAUCGUUUACGUGUUUCGUAUCGUUUACGUGUUUCGCAUCGUUUACGUGUUUCGCAUCGUUUACGUGUUUCGCAUCGUUUACGUGUUUCGCAUCGUUUACGUGUUUCGCAUCGUUUACGUUUUUCGCAUCGUUUACGUGUUUCGCAUCGUUUACGUGUUUCGCAUUGUUUACGUGUUUCGCAUCGUUUACGUGUUUCGCAUCGUUUACGUUUUUCGCAUUGUUUACGUGUUUCGCAUUGUGUACGUUUUUCGCAUCGUUUACGGGCGCAUUGUGUACGUUUUUCGCAUUAUUUACGUGUUUCGCAUCGUUUACGGGCGCAUUGUGUACGUGUUUCGCAUCGUUUACGGGCGCAUUGUUAACGGAAUGUCUCGGGACGAGGGGGCAGUGGAGGAGGCCCCUUCCGCGAAGGUGUCGCCGGCCUGCUCCUCGACUGGGCCGGGGCCGGCAGCCUCCUCCUCUUCGGACCCCGCGCAAGAAACAUUCCCGUCCGCCUCAAGGUUCGGGUUAAGAACUUUUGGAGGCGUUGGGAACGUAUAUUAAAAUAUUUUAACUACUCGGUGAAAGCCGUUGUCACAGUUUGUGAAAGUGAGAUGUGAAUGAAAGAUGGUGUGGAAAGCGGGAACCCUGCCGCCAUGGGGCUCACGUUUUUCCUGCUUGUCCCUGCACUGCUUCCUUCCACGCAGCAAUUUCGCCUUGCAAUGCUUCCCUGUGAUUGGUUUGUAUGUAUGAAAUGUCCAAGUUCCUGGCAACAUGGAUGACGAUGACGGGCUGUUGAAGUACUCACGCCAGACUCGGCAAACGUUUGUGUCGCAACCUUUCCCUUCCUGCAAACACGUCACCUCAAGAGUUUAGGGAAACGAACAAGAAGAAAAUCAAUUCAUGUCGUGCGCC